AUGACCGUGGCGAGUGCCAGUCCACCCGCCCUGCUUCUGGCCGAUGUUCGUCAUGCGGCUCGACCGGUUUUGCGCAUACGUCGUUUGACUCGUCUGAAUGGCCUCGCUGGCCCAGCACAAUUCUCGACAUGCCCUCGCAAGCUUAUCGCAUCGUCCCCUCGCACUCUCUCCCAGAAUCUUGCACGCGAUAUCGAGGACUUCAUUGAUUCGGAAACUGUGGCCAUGGCGGUGGAUCCAACAAUCGCCGAUGCAAACCCCGCCGAUAUCUUGAAUGGGGAUGUGCCCUUGUCUACUGGUCGGGCGGAGGCUGCUCUUGAUCCGGAAUCUGAUGAAGAGGUCCCCGUGGACGCAGAGGAGCUUCAGGAAGCUCUUGGCCGGCCGCCCCCAGUGAACAGCAGCUACCUUCCUUUGCCGUGGAAAGGGCGUCUUGGAUAUGCUUGCUUGAAUACCUAUCUCCGUUACUCCAAUCCACCCGUCUUCUGCUCUCGUACAUGUCGCAUUGCCUCCAUAUUGGAGAACCGCCAUCCGCUUCAAGAUCCAGAUCAGCCUCCACACGCCACGAAGAACCGUCCAGAUCGCGAACAACCAGCGGAUGUAGCGCGGGGGCAGGCAUUUGUCGAGGCACUCGGCCUCGCCAAUUCGCGCGACCUAGUCAAACUCCUGCGCUGGAAUGACAAAUACGGCAUCAAAUUCAUGCGCCUCAGUAGUGAGAUGUUCCCGUUUGCUAGCCACAAAGAGUACGGCUACAAACUUACCCCGUUCGCAUCGGAGGUUCUCGCAGACGCGGGCCGAGUGGUUGCAGAACUAGGCCAUCGAGUCUCCGUUCAUCCGGGACAGUUCACACAGCUGGGAUCUCCGAGGCGAGAAGUUGUCGAAAGCUCUUAUCGAGAUCUCGAGUAUCACUCAGAGAUGCUACAGCUUCUCAAGCUGCCCCCGCAGCAAGAUCGCGAUGCGGUCAUGAUUCUACACAUGGGUGGUGUUUUCGGUGACAAAGCGGCGACAUUGGACCGCUUCCGUGAGAAUUAUGCGGUGUUGUCGCAGGACAUUAAGAAUCGACUGGUUCUGGAGAAUGACGAUGUCAGCUGGACUGUUCAUGAUCUUCUCCCCAUCUGCGAGGAAUUGAACAUUCCUCUAGUACUUGACUACCACCACCACAACAUCUUAUUCGAUGCGAACGAGGUGCGCGAAGGCACGCAAGACAUUAUCCCACUUUAUGAUCGUAUUGCCGCUACCUGGAAGCGGAAGAAUAUCACACAAAAGAUGCAUUAUUCCGAGCAAACUUCCGCGGCCAUCACUCCUCGUCAACGACGCAAGCACAGCAAUCGCGUGGCUACUUUACCACCCUGUGACCCUACGAUGGACCUCAUGAUUGAGGCCAAAGAUAAAGAGCAAGCAGUGUUUGAAUUAAUGCGCACAUUCAAACUACCUGGAUACGACCUAUUCAAUGAUCUAAUUCCAUACACACGGACAGACGAGAAUAAGCCAUUCAAGCCCCCUCGCAAGUCUAAAAAGAACGGUGGCUUCGUCGAUCUCGAGGGGUCUGUACCUCCACCUCGCAACAUCACCGAAGAUGAAGUGGGCAUGGGCGGACCAGACGGAAGAAUAUAUUGGCCUCGGGGAAUGGAAGAAUGGCUCCGUCCGGCGAAGAAAGUCGCGGAACCCAAGGCCGCUGCAAGUGCAGCGAAGCGCUCCGCCCUCAAGAAGGUAAAGAGCGAGCCUACUACCCCGAACGGCGAACCGGAGUCGCCAUUGAAGAAAGCACCCAAGACUCCAACUCGGCGGACGCCGUCUAUCAAGUCCCGCACGAAACGAAAGGCUGAACAAAUCGAGUUGACGCCAGAGUCGGAGGAGUUGAGUAGCUUGUCUGUCGAGAUGGAGGAUACCAUGACUACCGCCCAGACGUCGACUCGACGUAGUAGUCGCGCGAAGAAAGUCAAUUAUACCGAGGAUAGUGCGUAG